CAACCGCCACCAGCUGUCAAACGCAUCAAAACAAUAACAUCACACUUUGUUGCCCGUACAUUUUCUCCGCCAACAAAAAAAAAACUCCCUGCCGGGCAUUUUUCGAUUGUGCAAUCGCGUGCCGUGUAUUUGUGUUUGUGAGAAAAUAAAAAUAGGAAAACAAUGCUAAAAACAAUACUUUCCACACACAUUCUGCCAGCGGCAAGGCACCACAGCUGCGGGGGCUUAAGGCAUCCGGCCAAGCUGUACCAUCAUCCGGUGCCCCAACGAUGCGUACACACACGCACGAAGCCACGUAUUUCACCACCGCCGAAACUGAAAUCCUCCUCCACGGACAGCACCGCCGGCAUCAGCCCGUUCGGUUGGGGUCUAUUGAUCAUUCCCGCCACUACGUUCGGGCUCGGCUGCUGGCAGGUGUAUCGAAAGCAAUGGAAAGAGGGCUUGAUCGACGAGCUGGAGCGCAAAAUCCACAUGUCCCCGGUACCGAUCCCGGACGAUCUUACCGCUCUGAACGAAAUGGAGUACCAAACGGUUACGGUACGCGGCCAAUUCCUGCACGAUCAGGAGUUUCAUUUAGGGCCGCGGGCCUGCAUCCAGCACGGUGAUAGCCACACGGCCGGUGGCCUUUUCUCGCAAAAAGAAGCAUCGAUUGGCUUCCUCGUUAUUACGCCCUUUAAGCUCGAAGGACGAGACGAUAAAAUCCUAAUCAACCGUGGUUGGGUACCGAAACGAUACCUCGAUCCUGCGACGCGCCCGGAAGGUCAGGUGACCGGUACGGUCGAACUGCAGGGUGUUGUGAGGCUGCCCGAAAAUCGACCCCAAUUUACGCCGAAACAGCGCGGCGCCAUCUUCAUGUACCGCGAUGUGGAACGGAUGGCGGCAAUGAGCGGGUCGGAGCCGUACUACCUCGACGCGACGGUAGCCAGCACCGUCCCGCACGGACCGGUCGGUGGGCAGACGCGGGUAACGCUUCGAAAUGAGCAUCUUUCCUACAUCGUGACGUGGUUCAGCUUGUCCGGCUUUACCACCUGGCUGUGGUUCCGGCAGAUCGUUCGGGGCAAAUCGUUCUAGAGCGUUCAGCAGCAGAAUUCUCUGCACAAUAAAGCAAUCGACCAUACUUUGGGGCAAUAGCAUA